CUACGUGUCACUUAGUACCAUUACCCAGCGUCUUUCUCAACCUUAAGUUUCUGCUUUCAAACCCUAGAAAACACCCAAACCUAUCUCACAUAUCUGUUCUCAUUUUCAAGGAGUUUUCUUCUCAUCACGUAUGCUAUUGAAAUGGAAAAGGAAGCAAAGAAGGAAGCAUUUAGGAAGUAUCUUGAAUCAACUGGAGUGCUUGAUGCCCUCACCAAAGUUCUUGUUGCACUUUAUGAACAGAAUGACAAGGAGAAACCUUCAUCAGCAGUUGAGUUUGUGCAGCAAAAGUUAGGGGGUCCGACUAUAUGCGAGUAUGAAAAGCUUAAAGCUGAAAUUUCAGAUUUGCAGAUAAAAUACAAUGAGCUUUCAGUAACACAUCAAAAAACCUGCAAAGAGCUUGAAGAACUUAGGUGUUCAAAGUCAGAAGUUCGUAAAGAGACAUUUGAUAGAGAUAUCCCAAAGGAUGGAUCAUGGGGAGGCAUCUAAAAGCUUGCAUGUGGUAACAUAACCACGUCAAGCAUUUGUUUAUUGUAGGAGAUUAAUCGUUGUAGACCAAAUAUUUCCACUUCUCAGUCCCUGUAUCUGUUUUAUAGAAGUUGUUUGAGUGUGAAUAGAUAAAUUCCUUUUUUCUCAAAACAUCCAUGCUGUGAAAGUUUAUCUUUGUUAAUGCGUAACAUGGCUGGAUUGAUCCUACUAGGACCCAGUUUGCUGUAUCAUUACUGGUUGCUCCUGAGGAUAAAAAGACGGCCUAUAAAAACG